GCACGGUGCAGACGGCCCUGCCUCUUUUGCUGCUACGUCACAGCAGAGCCGAGCCGAGGGAGCAGGACUACCCUGAUGCUGACAGGAGCCUGAAGCCGGCUGCUACAUCAUCUCAGUCGAUCUUUUAUUGACUUUGCACGGCUCAUUUUGGGUUUAUUUUUUUCACCCUGAUUGUGAGUCAAAAAAGACCCUAGGCUGGAAUAGCAAAGAAAAAAGAGCUUCACUCUCUCCUUAACUCUAAAGACCUUUUGGAAUAUUGCUCAUCUUUGGUUAUUUUAUCUUAUCCUUCGUUGGCAAGACAGCUGCACCUUUAAGCCGGAGAUUGAGUGUCUUUCAUACAGGAUCACAUGGAUUUAGGACCGUAUCCAAUAAACUCUCUUCUCAACUGAAAGACUGAACUUAAACUGAUUCUGAAGCAUCAAGAGCUCAAUCAGACCUCUGUGGAUCUAUCUGGUACUCUUAGACUGAAGUUAUUAAGUUUUGUGUUCGAAAGAAGGACUUGAACACUGACUGCACAUGUGUAGUGCUUGUUGAACGCCGUGACCUACAAAUCCCAUUCUGUGUUAAUGAAUGUGUUUCCCAGUGGAGCUGACAAAUAGAUACCUCGUCACUGCUGACUCACUGCAUAUCUGAGAAUGCCUCGCUUCAUUGCUCUAAAUUUAGAUUUAAAGCUUCUAACUUUGUUUUGUCCGGGGAAAAGGAACGCUAAUUGGAAAGAAUGGAAAUGUGACGAAUGUCUGGGUGGUUCACAGCUGCAAAUAUGAGUUAUUUUUCUAAUUGUGGUUAUUAUGAGUAAAUCAAAAAUUCUUAUUUUUUGAAAGUGGAUAAACAACCUAUCCACAAAUCCCAGUUCUUCAAGAAAACCUUUAGUUCCUGCUUGGCUUUUGUCCAAGGACAACAUCGAUUGGAUGAUUUUCUCUCUGCUUACAUCGGUGUACCAGUGAUGCAAACCAAGUUUAUUUGGACUUGAAGGAACCUAAUAACCUCCAUAUGUUUGAGCCAAAGUUUCACUUACCAUGGGAUAUCUGUUGAGUUUAAAGUGACCAAUCGUGUAAAAUGGUGGUGACUCGUUUGGAACUUGAGCUACGCUACCAGGGCAGGAAGCUUCGUGGAGUGACAUGGAAGCUGACCCGAUCAGAACACGGUUUCCUACCAGAGAGCUCCUGGCUCAUUGCAGCUCAAGUCAUAGUGCCGUACUUGAUCGCAGGACUUGGGAUGGUCUCCGCUGGGAUUGUAAUGGACCUUAUGCAACACUGGGAGGUGUUUAAGGUGAUCACUGAGGUUUUCAUACUGGUUCCUGCUCUGGUUGGACUCAAAGGAAACCUGGAGAUGACCUUAGCUGCUCGGCUCUCUACUGCUGCCAACACAGGCCAGAUGGAUGACCCAGAUAAGCAGUGGACCAUGGUGUGCAGCAAUCUGGCUCUAAUACAGGUUCAGGCCACGGUGGUGGGAUUCCUGGCAGCGGUGGCAGCCAUUUGUCUCGGUGCUAUUUCCAGAGGAGGCAUUGAACUGGAUCAGGCUGUGGUUCUAUGUGCUAGCAGCAUCACCACCGCCUUCGUAGCUGCUCUGUCUCUAGGUCUGGUGAUGAUUGGAGUCAUCAUUGGAUCCAGGAAGGUGGGGAUCAACCCGGACAACGUGGCCACCCCCAUUGCAGCCAGUCUGGGGGACCUGAUCACCUUAUCUCUGCUGGCUGGGGUCAGCAGCACGCUUUAUGUGUACAGAGACAUCUGGUACCUGUCCCCUGCGGUGUGCCUGGUCUUCAUCGCUCUGAUCCCUCUGUGGGUGGUGGUGGCCCGUCGGAGUCCUCAGAUCAGAGAGGUUCUCCGCUCAGGGUGGCAACCUGUCAUAGUCGCCAUGUCCAUCAGCAGCUUUGGAGGCCUCAUUCUGGACAAGACGGUGAGCGAUCCCAACUUCCAAGGGAUGGCUGUCUUUACGCCCGUCAUUAAUGGAGUGGGAGGAAACCUGGUUGCCAUCCAGGCCAGCAGGAUCUCAACAUACCUGCACUUUUGGAGCGUUCCAGGUGUGCUGCCCAACAAAAUGAGCCAGCACUGGCCCAACCCCUGCAACACCUUCUUCUCCUCAGGGGUGAACUCCAAAUCUGCUCGUGUGCUGCUGAUGCUGGUCGUACCUGGGCACCUAGUCUUCCUCUACGCCAUCUCUCUGCUGCAGGGAGAGGAGGCUCCCAUCACUGUAGCCUUCACAGUCUGCUACCUGGGUGCUGCUGUGUUACAGGUGGCCAUUCUUCUUUAUGUCGCUGACCUCAUCGUCCGUUUGAUGUGGAGAAGUAAUCUGGAUCCAGACAACUUCUCCAUCCCCUACCUGACCGCCCUGGGGGACCUCCUCGGUACUGGUUUCCUGGCCCUCUGCUUCCACUGCGUAUCGCUGGUUCAGAGUUUGGGUCUUUGAAUGGUUCCCGCUCAACCGUGAACACCGAAACACUCUCACUGCACCAUUUUAUCUGAGAUUUGGCCUUCUUCACUAACGACACACUUUAGUUUCCCAUCAUUCCUCCUCUGUGUUUAAGUGUGUAGCACUAGCUGUGUCAUCUGUUCACAGCUGUUUCUGUCAAUAGUGUUUUACAUUUGUUUUUAACUUGGAGCGGGUCUACAUAUCUAGGAUCUACGCUGUUUAUUAAACACUAACUGGAAUUUAAGGACGAACGAAGAACCACCAUGACUCAUUUUAUUAUAGUGCAGUGCAUUCACUUAGAAAUAUUUAAAGAGCAAGUCACCCACAAAUCAACUUUUUGUUGCUGAUUAAAUAAACGAGUUUCUAAUCGUGCUGCAGACACAUGUAGUCAAUAAUUUGGCACUUCAGUGCAUCUGAGUUAAAAUUUAAAUUUUCUGCCUAAAACUGGCAGUGUUGUGCCGUUGUCAGGUAAAAACUCUGCACUGCAUUUGAAUUUAAACCUGCCACUGCUAUUGGCUAAGAGGUAUGCUAUGAUGUAAACUGGUACAUUAUGAUGUCACGAUGCUGUUGUGAGCCUGUGUGUGUGUGUGUGUGUAUUUGUUAGCGGCUUCGCCUUCUUGGUCUGCCAGGCAACUAGCCUGGCAAGCCAGACUAAAUAAAUGUAUUAUUUAGUCUGGCCAUGCUCCAUUGACGGCUCUCGGUUGUGGGGCAGGUUCUACCGUUGUCUUUCAAAUCAUCUCCGCAUGCCACUGGACAAUGAAUGUGACAUACUCUUGUUUCACUCUGUUGCAUCAUCCCACCCACCAGGCAUAUAGAGUGCCCUGAUUGGCCCACAAAGCGGAUAAAGCUCUGUGAUUUGUUCACUAAGCAGAUAGAGCACUAUGAUUGGCCCACCAUUAUGGACCAAUCACAGCUGUUUAUGUGUUUGAAACCCCUCUAGAGAGCUGUGAUUGGCUAGCCAGAGUCCUGGUAGGAGCUGCUGAGGUUCCAAUGGAGCAUGCCUAGACCAUUCUUUGCAAAGCAAGAAUUUGGUCUAGUUCACUAGGCUACCAGGCAACAGCAUUUGCUGCAUUUUUCAAACAUGAAGUGGGAGUGGAGUUAGACUCUGGUAGGGGGUGACUUGCUCUUUAAAAGCUCGGUUUUUCUGAAUUAAUGAGAAAGAACCGUGUUAGGGUUUUAAGAUUUACGCCUCAUUAGGUGGAAAUUCCUCAGGUGUCUGUUGAAAUUAUAAUAUGUUAACGAUUAUAAAUAAUAUUCCUAUUAGACUAUAAAAGUCCAAAUCCUGUCGUCUGAAGCUACGUUUUCCUCUGAUGUGGCUCACUUUUAGUUCCUGAAACAGGCGCACCGGAGCUUUCUUCUCCAGAGUUUGACUUAAAGGGCAUUCAUUCCCACUAGAGACCACUGCAAUUGUAUUGACUGAACAAGUGAGCCACAUCUGUAAUUUAUUUUAUUAAUACUUUUUCUUUAAUUGUCUUAAUCACAAAUAAACUGCGUAGUAAACCCAAUAUUUAGCAUUUUGGGAGAUUUGGUGAAAAUGUUAAUUCAGAAAAACGGGACUUUAAAAAAACAAAAAGAAUGCCCCCAUACAGCUCAAAUUAGUAAUUUGGGAAAUAAUCUCACUUUAGUUUAGGGAACACAAAUGAACCAUUAAUUAGCUGCCAAUUAAUUUGCAUAUUAGUGGACUACUAAAUCUGAAUUAGUCAUUAUUAAGGUAUUAUUAGGUGCUUAUUACCAAUGCUGUAAUUAUAAUAUUAACGGGCCAUAAAUUAAGAGUUUUAUCAAAAAUAAGCCAUUCAUAAUCAUUUGUUAACUGAAAGUAAAUGAUUUGUUGCUGAUUAACACACAUACUAAUUGGCUCAAAUCAAUAUGUGGCUUUUAACGAGGUAAUUCAAGGAGAAUAGUUAUUCAUUAAUCAAUAAUAUUAUGUUCUGGUAUUAUGUAAAUAAACACCAAACUCCACAUGUUAAUAGAGCCUAAACAACAAUCAAUUAACCACUUGUAAAUAAGAAUAUGUUCCCCAUUCUAAAGUCACAUUUUGUUCAUACCUAAUUACUAGUAGUUUAGUAUUAAUUAACCACUUAAAGGCAAUAAUAUGUUCCCCUUGAAUUGCUAAAUUAACAUGUUACCAAUAGCCCAAUCCCACCAGAAAGGCCGGCGUUUACUGUGACCAGUUCCAUCAGGGUUUCUCCAAAUGGGAUCAUGUUUAGCUAGCUGUGGCUAACUUUACCGUUAAACAGAACUCAAAGAACGUAAAAGUCAAACCUCUUACUUCUAAAAUUAGGAAAUGACCAGGAUUCCCACUCGGACACGAAGCCGGCAUGUCAGCAGCUCCAUGUUUUUGUCUGUUGAGGCUGUGAGGUUAGCAAAAUGACAUAAAAUCCCAGUAACACACCCUACAGUAGCAAACCAAGUUAUAACGUGUGUGUGUGUGUGUGUGUGUGUGUGUGUGUGUGUGUGUGUGUGUGUGUGUGUGUGUGUGUGUGUAGCCAUAUGUUGUAGCAACAUAAAAACACGUGCUUCACUAAACUAGUGAAGACCCCCACCUGGUCCCGUUAGUAAAGCUACAUGAGCCGUAUUACUCACCUUGAAGUUUUCAGAACCAUGAAACCUCAACAUAACAACAGAGAGCAUUUAUCAUUAUUUACUGUAACUCUUUCUGAAACUGAAGAUUUAUAUUAUUUCCACCUUUUAUUUAUUUUUUAUUUCCUUCUCUGGUUGAAUCUACGUAGAAUUCCCUGUAUUCUCGUUCUGCUCAGGAUGAAUAAGAACUGGUAAAGGCGAGGCCAUCUUUUUAUUCAGGCCUUUGGAUUUCAAACAUCUCACCAAAAUCUAAAAGCUCUGAAAUGCAACCUGUGACUGCUGAUGUAGCAGCUGUUUCAUCACUGAGGCUCUUAUUGUGACGCGUUUCACACUAGACUCACUUCUGUAAUGCCGUGUUGUACCAGCACACGUUGAUCAGCAGGACUGAAUGAUAAAACCUAAAUUCUGUAUUAUACCUUCAUACCAUCAAGUCCAAUCAGGCAUGUAUUAGUAGUCUUGUGGAUCGUCCGGGUGUUGCUGGGUUUCACAUGACGCUGCAUCCACGUCACCAGCUGCAGACGGGGGUACGGUAACACUGUUGACCGGGUGUUAAAAUGUCCAAAAUCUGUGCGGUCUACAGUUAUUCCAAUCGCUCUGAUUGGGACAAACAUUUCAAGACCCGAAUGUAGCGCCACUAAGGACGUACUGAUCGUUUGGAACAUACUUGCCAGACAGUCACUAGAUGUGGCCAAGUGAAGACACGGGUUAAUUUGCAGCUAAAAAAGUCACGUGGCGAUCUUCGAUGUCCAGUACAGAAAUGGUUUACUGUAUCUCACGUUUGUUUUGCUUGUAAAACCACUUUUGUGAGUGAGUGAGAUCAACAGGGAAAGGUUUAGGAGGUCAGUCAUAAUGUGAUGCUGCAUGAAUAUGUGCAGAUCAUUCUCUUUCCGAAGCUCUGGAAGAACGGUCCGGAUGAAACCAGGCUGGCUCUUUUGCUAAUCUGCAGAGAAUAUCGGUGACGUAGUCCUACAGAACGUAGCUAGGAUCAUCAGACAUGUUUCUAGAUUUGUCACUAGGUGCUUUUAGGAAGAAACGUAAUUCCGGUGUCUGAAAAGUCAUUGGAAACCGGAACAGAGUUGCUAAGUUGGCAACACUGCCUCUGAUUGGCUAAAACGCAACUCUUCUGCUGUCUACAUUAACACAACUCAGAACACUGUAAAACAUAUUUUCUUGGCUAAAAAUAUCAGUUGUGUCAUCUUCACAAAUAACACAAGCCUGACUGUGUUCCGCCAUGUUCUGGAGCUGCUAAUGUUAGCUUCUACUAGACGCUCUGCUCGCUCCUUCCCAGGGGCGUGUCCAGGGAGUAGCCUGGGGUAGCACAUGCCACCCUUAGAAUCUGACUGGCCACCCUACUAAGUUCCAGUUUAAAUUGACUUUACAUUGUCGACAAAAGGCUUGAGUUGUAGACUCCAAAAUAGUGUGUGGUAGCAUGCACUUUUAACAUAGUCUUCUAGCCCAGGCCUACAGAUCAUUUCUGUAAUAUUAAUAUUAUUUAUUCAUAUUCACAUAAAUAGUCCUUAGAGUCCCACUCUUCUCCAGUUGGUGGCAAUAAUGCAACAAGAAGUGACUUGCUAACCACCACAAAACUAGAAGAAGAGGAAAAAAAUGGUGAUUGUGCAAUGUGAAACUCCAAAAUUCACUAGAAAGUAAAUAAAUAAUUUGUGUGAAUAAAUAAAUAAGCAUAACCAUUGGUGCCACCCAUGCAUAAACAAGUGCCCCACAUGGGCCACCCCAUUUUAAAAGUCCUGGACACGGCUCUGCUCCUUCCCACAGGCAGCCUCAAGUUAAAGUGGGCGGGGCCAUAAAUCGUCAUUUCUCCUGUGACGUAGAAGAGACUCGUUUUUCCAUCCGUUUUCUUUCUGAGGCUAACGCAGGCGACUGGGGAUGCAGAAAACUUUCAUGUUUAGUUAGCAUGCAUGUGCAACUCAGUGACCAAUCGUGUUGCAUAAAAAAAGAAGUAUUAAAUGGUUCCUAUGGGAACAAGACCUUCUAAGUUUUGUUUAUGGUCCUCAUUUUAAUUUAGUGAAUAACUGGGUUGUUAAGCCCCACAUUUUUAUUAAAUAUUUUUAUAAGUAAAGGCUAACUGUUUAGCUAGUUACAAAUGAAGGAGGAACCCCAACUUUUCUGGAAAUAACAGCAAGCUUAUCAUUCAGCCCUGUUAAUAGGAACAAUGGGAUGUUUGACUUGCACAUCUGAUUAAUAUCUCAUCUAAAAUUGCCUUGAAAUGAAAACGAAUGUUAAAAUCUUAUUUAUUAACGUGUGUGUUAGUAAAAAAAAAGUGUUAAAUGUUGCUUCUUUGGUCUCUGUAGUCGGAGUUUGUACUGUUGACACUGCCACGUGAUGAAUUUAGGGCUUUUUAAAUGUUCUUUUGUUGGUGGUGUGUUCACAGUCACUUGAGCUUCCACACCUAGAAUGUGUAAAGUCUUAAUGUGAACAGUUCUAUUUUAAUAAAAACGAACCAUGUAAAAGUCG